GUCAGCAUCCAGUUAAAUGUUCAAAUAGAAAGGUGCCUGGGAAUGUUAAAUAAUAACAAGGUCAUGUGAGAUGUUUUUGUGGGGUAGGGUUGGGAGUGAGGCUGUCAGCUGAAAGUUUAUUUGCUCAUGGAAGCACUUAGCCAGGGUUUGUUUUAGUGGGAUUAUGUGUUCUUUAGCUUUUGAAAAGCAAAACGGGUGGUCUCCUCUUUCUCCCUGUCCCUCUCUCCAGCCCCCCUCUUUUUUUGCCAUCCAAUUUCGAUGUUAAUUCCUCAUCAUUGUUUGCAUGGACCUCUGCUGAGAGCAGUUACGGAGGCUAAUUUUUCCAUCUGUCCUGCUUGGGCCAGUGACUGGGGAAGCAUGGUUGCUGUUACCUCCUUUAGGGCAUUGAUCAGUGGAGCGUUAAGCUUUUAAUUGAGGUGUAAGUGUAUCAGCUCAAGGGGGAGGUAGUGGCCAGUGGUGUAGUACAGGCUGGCUGUAGCACAGCGUAGAGCUUUCAAAAAGGCAAGAGCUCUUUUGCACUCACCAGUGUUUGGGCAAAUACGAAGAAGUAGCUAGCUCUGGAGAGACGCCAGCUCCAUCGGUAUGAUUCUAGGUCCAGCUAAUCACAAUAGUUCCCUCUUAGCCUCGCUUCCCAUUCCAGGACGGUCUUUACAUCCAUCACUGGAUAUCAAGCAUUUUCUGACUUUCCGCCUCAAUGGCACCCCUCCACUCAACCUCUUUCCUAAUUUCAACACGAUGGAUCCAGUACAAAAGGCAGUAAUCAACCAUACCUUUGGUGUACCCAAUCCACUUAAGAAGAAGCAGUUCAUCUCUUGUAAUAUUUGUCAUCUGAGAUUCAACUCUGCGAAUCAAGCUGAGGCACAUUACAGAGGCCACAAGCAUGCCCGGAGACUCAAAGCCAUUGAAGCAGUGAAAAAUAAGCACAAGACAGCUGACAAUAGCAGCAGCAGCAGCCAGGAAAAAAUGGCUAACUUUGAAGCUGCACUAGAUAUCAGCAGAGACACCAUCACCAACAGCAGCAGAGCACAACCCAAUAGCUUGCUAGGAUUGAACCAACCAUUGGCACAACAUUGCAACCUCAUGCUGAUGUCCCCGACAGAGGAAUCACCAACUGGCGUCCUGUCCCUGGUUUCCCCAUCAGUUUCAGAGCCCUUGGAAGUUGCUCCAGAUAGUGCAAGUGUGAAACCAGCAGCAACAGCAGCUGGUAUGGAGGUGCCAGCAACUGAAUCUGGAGGAACCGCCGGCUCAGCAGCAGAGGUGGAGAAAGAGGGAAAGAAAAUCAAGCAGCACUUGUACUGUCCCACUUGCAAAGUAACAGUUAACUCUGCCUCUCAGUUGGAGGCUCAUAAUUCUGGAGCAAAGCACAAAUUGAUGUUGGAAGGGCAGACUGUUUUGCCAAGGCGAAGCCGAGGGAAGGUCCUCUCCCGAGUGGCACACAAGCCCAAACGGAUUGGCAGCAAAGGCAGCCUCAACAUUCAGAACAAGGCCUUCCAGUGCCAGGUGUGCGAGAUCUUUGUCAACUCAGAGACACAACUCAAACAGCAUAUGAGCAGUAGACGUCACAAAGACAGGCUUGCAGGGAAGCCACCAAAACCCAAAUACAGUCCGUACAGCAAACUGCAGAGGAAUACUGCCCUGGCAGUGAGUAUUCUCAAGUCCAAAGUGGCUCUGCAGAAGCAUCUUACGAAGACCUUGGCUGCCCGGUUCCUGCCAAGUCCCCUGGCAUCCGCCACUGUGUGUACUUUGCCCAGCCCAUUAACUCUCCGACCAGCUGCUGCUACUCUCUUCCAAGCACCCAUCUUUGGACCAGCACUUUUUCGAUCUCCCCCAGGCCCUGUGCGAGCAGCUACAGGCCCCAUUGUCUUUGCCCCUUACUAGACAAAUCCCAAGGUUGUUUGCGUGGGGAAUUGUAGACCAUAGCUGUACAAGAAAAUUGGGGAGGGCAGGUGACUUUACAGGGCUGUAUUCUGAACAGAGGAAAAACAGAAUCUUUGAACUGUUUGAAGUGGAACUUCUCUGUUCAUUUAUCUGAGAUUUCCACUAGUGUCAUUAACUCAGUUGAAGUUGGAAAUAACUUUUCCUAUUGUCGGAUUCUCCCACAAAGCACCAAUCUUUCUAACUCUAGUAGUAUACUUAAAAGCACAAUCUCACUUAUCCAGAUGGUCAAGUGGUAAAGUCAAAAGUAUGCAUUCAAAAUAUCUGUUAAUUUAGAGGUAUCUGUCAUUUUAAACAGAAUUCUAUUAAUUAGGAAUUUGUGUAAUUGAAACUCCAAAGAGGUUUCUUUUCCAAAAUGCGAUGAUUAUGAAAAUCAGAUUUGAAUGCAGUUCCUAGUUCAGUUCACAUUCCCCUUCCCACAAUUAUAGAUUUAAGAAAAAUAAUGAUGAUUGAUAAACAUGUAUUGUUCUCCUUGUAAGUUACUAAGACAUCUCUAUAUCUCAGUGAGGAUAUUGAGAUAUUGAAGGAGAGGAAAGGAGAAGAGAAUAUCUGUUUUAAGUAUGGGCACAAAACAGAGAGAAGAAGAAAAGUGCUAUUAUGUAGAUAGAAAAUUAUAAGUUGGGGUUUAUUUGUUUUUUUGUUUUUUUGUUUUUGCUUAUAUAUGGAAGAAGAAUGGAUUCAAACAAAGAAUGGUAUAGAGAUAGAAUUAUUUCAGAUCUUAAGUCAACCUUUCCCAGUUGGGUGCCCUUUCAGCUAUAUUGACCAGACCCAGAAUUUUGAGCCAACCUGAGAAUUCUUACAGCUUCAACAUAAUCAAAAGACAUCCUGGUGGGGAAGAUUGUCUAUAGACUACCUUUAUAGAUAUUAUGGCAUGUAUUGCCUAAGGUGAAGGAAAGGUAAGAAUAUGAAACCCUAUAGAAAAUGCACAGUAGGUUUCAUACGUAACUGCCAUGUGUCACUGAACUUUUGAAAUUACUUAUUGCCCAAUUUCUGUUAUCAUAUUCAUGACAGUCUAAAGGAACCACUGCUGAGAGCUACCUAAACCUACUGAAUGAAGAAGAAAAACUGGAGCCAGGAUUUCUGUGGUGAUGUCAUUCAUAGAAGGAUUAAUGUCAGGAAUGUCAAAGUAGUAGAUUUCAAGUUUGAGGACACCUGGAUUUCAGAUUUUAGAAGCAAAAUUCAAAACAUAAAAAGUUUCUCCAUUUGAAAUAUGUUACGAUGCACUAGUUCAAUACUUUUGAAUUUACUGAAUUUUUUUACAAGUAUGCAUAUCUUAACAAUUUUGUGCAAGUGAGCUCAUAUUGCUUACUCUCAGAUAAUAUUCUAUGGUGCAAUUUUCUGGACCCUUUUGGUUGACUGAAAAAAAUUACCUAUUUCAUAAAUAUCUAGAAUUGUAGUGGGUCAGAGAUUGCUGCCCUAUUUCCCAUUGCAGUGGGAAUGUUGCUGCUCACAAACCAAAUUCCACAAGACAGUGAAAGGUGGCAGAUAUAUAUAUACACACGGUAGCCAUUCACUUCAGCAAAUGAAGCAAGCCGUGAACAAUCUUCCAAUAUUAUUAGUUAUUGGAUAUAGGAGUUUAUUUUUUUCACUUGCCUAAGUUAUGAAAAUCAGUCAAAUAUAAAGCAUGAACUAAAAUCUAUUAGCUGAAGUUUUCUUCAAUUUUGCUUGCAGCUAUAAUAAUCCCUGACACCUUAAGAAAAGUAAGGGAAAUAUUUCCACGGCAAUUCUUUAGAUAUGCUCAUUUUGGGGCAAGUGGGUGCCUGUAUUAUUGGUCUGCUUUUGUCAUUUCAGUGCUCACUUGUGCAGAUCAGUAUUGAUAUUUGAAAAGAGAGAGAGGUUAUUUGGAGAUAUUUGGCAGAACACUUUCGCUACUCCAGGAAAGAAAAGCAGGGAAUUUUAUUUUAUGUGAAGGACUUCAAUUAAGAGGUUUGGACUGUAUGACAACAGAUGACCAUUUACCAAAUGCAAGUGUGUAUUUAACUACUUGUUUAGUGGCUGGUUGGUUGUGUCACCCUGGAAUGAAUGUUCCCUGUUACUUGGCAGAACAUUUCUGAAUAUCACUUUACUGUGUGUUAAUAUACUGCCACAGAAGCAACAGAAUAGAUACAGAAAAAGGAGGGCAAAUUAAAAUAUGUUAGACAGCCACAUAUUAAAGAAUAGGUAGCUCAAGACAUUUUGAGCUAACAGUAUGAGCAAACUUUGUUAGGAGUAACUGGCAGGAGUAACUGGCAGGUCCAGCAGGAUACCAGAUUCAAGGCUAUAAGGUUCCAACAAUUCCUACUCACUUUACAUCCACUUUCUGUAGCCAGGCUUUAUCAUUUCUGCCACUUACUCAGACUGGCAGUAGCCCUCCAAAAUCUUUUCUAGUUCCUGCAGUUCGAGAUAAUUGUACAAGCAAGUCUUCUCUAACUGGCACUUUCCAGAUGUAUUGAGCCAAACUAUAUGCUAUAUGAGAAUAGAGAGAGUUUUAAGUCCUGAAAUAUCUGGGGAGCCUCUUGUUGGGAAGGCAUAUUUAAGCUAAUUGCACCAAAUGUUUCAUACUCCAGAUUGCUUUUCAGGAUUCUUUAUUUUUUCCUUUGGAAUUCUCAGUUCUUUAAAACCAGCCUUAACUCAAAAUCUGGGACUAUUGGACACUACAGGCAAGCCAUAAGAAAAGACCAUGAUUGUCACACCAUUCUUACAAACUUUCCAGAGGUAUGUAGUAUGAUCAUUAUUGAGGUUCCUCAGUGCCGAUUCUAUUAUAUCAUGCAACUAAUCACUUUAGCAAGACAUCAUGUGAAGUUAAUAGGUUUUUUUCCUUUGAUCCAGUAUUUUAGUAAAUAUAAUUCUCAUAAACAUGUCAACUGAUGCACAUCCUAAAUAAAAAGCUAUCCAGUAGCCAGAGAGUAUUAUUGGAUAGAAUGGAAACAAGCAAGCAAUUACUGAUGGCCACAACUAAAUGAUGAAACAUUCCAAUCUAUGCAAAAUACUAAUGGAAUGAUUGUUAUUUGGUUUUCAAGCCUGUGUUACGCUUGUUUCUAUCCAGAAGACAAGGAUGAGGUUUGUGGCCAAAAUCUAUACAUAAAAAACAAAGGUACUACUGUCACAGUGAUCUUGUAGAUAUGAAAUGUUCCUUUUCAUUGUAGAGCAGCAACAUUCAUUUCUAUUUAUUAAAUAUGGAAAUGUGCCAAUUGAUUCAGUCUGUUGAAACGUAAGUAUUGCCAUGAAGAGUAGUGUAACCAGUUGCCUAAAGUGGUAGAUUGCAAGUACCAAGAUAACAGAGUUGUGGAGUUCUGUCCCAGAACAAAAAGAUCAUCUAUCGGUCCAUUUGCAAUGCAGCCUGGUUAACUUAAACUAUGGGAGGAUAAACACAAACAUAUUUAUUGUUUUUGAUGUAACAUUUAUAGAUCCGGGAGGUCCUCUUGAAAUCAUCCAUACUGUGUUUAAGACAGUGUGAGUGGGGAACAAUAACUAGUUAUAAGAGUAAAUAUGGUUGAUGUUAUCUGAAUAAUACCCACGAUCUCACAAAACACACAAUUUGCAACUGAGUUUUGCAAGUGUGUUUAUAAGAAUGAGAAGACCAAAAGGUGAAACAAAUAUGUGAUAUUUCUGGAGGAAAAAAUUCUGAUGGGGAAAAGUGCAAGAUGGCCUAAUAGUUAAACAUUCAGCGUAAGAUAAUGUAUAUCUUUUUUUGAAAAGUUGGAUUCAUUCUUUAAAAGUGAUUGCUUUCUUUAUCUGUAGAACACUGUCAUGAACUAUUUAUGCUUUUUUGUGAUUUUUGUGUUGAACAGUAAUUGUUUCCUAAAGCAGUUACUUUCUGGGGGGAAACAUGCAACCUGCUCAGAAUUCAACUAACACCCACAUAAAAUUGCUGUAUAUUCACCAAACCUUUGCUUCCAGCUGCUCUUAAAGCUACUUUCUAAAUACUGUACUUUCCAAUCUGAAACACUCAGUUGUAGCUUUCUCAUUUCAUUGUAGGUUUUGCAAAUGAUGGCAGUUCCAUGGGGACAUGGUUAUGUUACUUUAUAAUUCCAGCAGUUUUCUGCAAGCAGACUGGUAAUAGAAAAAUGUCUCUUGGCAAAUAAUAUUUGAUAAGUGGCAAAAAAGAGGCAGAAAUGGGGAUAGGAACAGCUUUAUAGAACAAGAGGUUACCAGAUCUCAUCAAUUAAUAACACUACUUAACAUUUCUCUCCUUUGGCUUUUCACCCCAAGCAUGAAAUAGAAUCCUAGGCCAUGCUGUCUGAAAAUAUUGAGAGUGGUUCUGUCAACUUAUCCCAGAAAGCUUCAAAUGGGAAACUAUUGCCAUAGUUAGCUAUUUCUAACUUUUUCAGGUUCCAGUAAGAUUUACAGCACAAUCCUGUGUGGAUGCUUUCUGAGGCUCAUGUUAAAUUCAGUGCAGCUUACCAUUCCAUUAUUUUGUUUAGGAUUACAGCCUUGAUAAAUGCUGGCUUAUUACAUCAGGAAAGGUGGAUGUGGUAGAUUAAACAUAGGAUUUUGCAAGGAAAUCUAUGGUUGCAGAGAAUUGAAUCAAACCUGGUGUAGAGGACUAUAAUGUUUAUGAUAGAUUCAUUUCAGGGUUCUUGCCAAUGUUCUCUGUUGUUUAAUGUUAGUCUGCUUCAUUUUCCCUCAAGCCCCUGUGCUGCUUCAUACCAGGCAUAUUUUCAUAAUACAAAUAAUUAAAAGAAUAGGAAAUGUAUAAUUCUUUUUUUAAAGUGCCUUAUUCAAUCGGGCAGAUUUUUAAAAAUGAUUACAAAAAUAAUGUGCUUCCCCCUCAUUCUCAUAUCUUGUGUAUCAUCUAUACAAAUUUAAGCAUAUUUAGCUAAUAAUAAGGUUCUGUAAUAUGGUAGCAAUACUGGAGAUGACCUUCUUAUAACAGAAAAUAUUUGUCUUGUUCUGCAUGAAAUGCAUUGUGACUAGGUUAGUGUAUCAGCUGCUACUGCUAAUAUUAUUCUAUCUGUAUAAUCAGGUGGAAAUAUUUAUUUUAUUGGACUUACAGGUUAUUUUAAUUACUAUUACUAUAAUUACUUGAGUCUAACAGGCAUAUAUAUCUGACAUUUGUAAAUCAGGUUCAAACAUAUGAAUACAGUUAUAAACUCAGAAGCAUAUUAAUGUACAUAAAUACUAGGAGUAUUUAUUAUAGUAAUUUUAAAAAAAUCUCUAAUGAUCUUACAACAUCUCAACUGCUAAGGCCUGCUGAUCAGCCAAGUUUAAUAGCCUUCUUAAAAGCCAAUAAAGUAAGAGCUAAUUGAAUUUCUGAGGGAAUGUCUCUAUAUUCGUUUAAAAAAAAACUUCAGUAUAUACUCAAUUUAAAUAUGUAAAUAAUUAUAGCAAUUACUUGUUUGUGCUAAGUAAGAAUCACAUUCAGAUAAUUAAAAAGAAAACUUGUAAAUUAGGAAAAAGUUGAUUUUCCUCUCCUGCUAAACUCAGAUAGUCAAAGCCCACAGAUAGACUAAAGAGAGAGAAAUAAAAUAAAAUUGAUUGGUAGGGUGGAAUCUAGAUCUUUAAUAAGUUAGGAUGUUGCAUUUCCUCAUGUUAGUAAGUUAUUGAUAUUGCAAAGGAUUAUGGGAUACGCCUUUGUGAUUAUCCUGUUUUCCAGCCCAAUUGCAUUGUGAUUCUAGAGAUGAGCUCCAGUAACCCUGGCAAUGCUGAGCAGGAUAUAGAGAUACACCUUACUUUAAAACAUCAAUACAUUUAGCUAAUACAGGUUUUGUGUUAUAGAUUCCAAAACAUUCGGAUUGUAGAUUUGUAGUGAGUAGGCUGGAACAAAUGUAAUGUUACAAAACUAUUACAGGAAUCUGAUUCAGUAUGCAAAAGACUUUUAAUAAAAGAAUGAAAUGGGGUCAGGAAGAAGAAAAGACGUGUAGUUUAAUUACAGGGUGGAAAAAAGUUAUAGGAAGACAAGUACUGACAGAUUAUAUUGAAAGAAAGAAUACCAAAUCAUAGCUUGAAUAAUAUACCUAUGGACAGUGCAAAGGACUGUGAUAGGCUAAUAUUUUGUUUGGUAUAUUAAUACGUUGCAGAAGUAAUGAUUCAUCAAAUGUUCCGAUUUUAUGGAUGUGAAUGCAGUACUAUAUUUUUGUGGCAUUAUCAUUGAUGUUUGGAGCAUAGCCAUUUGCAAUGAAUAUAAAAUAGUCUCAUUUUCUAUUUUUGCCAUAUACAUAUAUAGUUAUUUAUGGACAGCUUGAUAAAUUGCAUGAUCCUACUUUUGUUUACCAAAACAAGCCAUUAUGCAAAAAAAAAAAAAAAAACCAGCUUCACCCUACAGUAUUCCAUGGAACAAGUCUAACUUUUCUCCACUCUUGACUGAUAGAAUGUUUUCAAAAUCCAGGCUUUAGUUGUGUUGCUUUCUUUGGGAUGCUACUGAGUUUUGGGUUUCUCAAAAAAGAUUCUCUUACAGUGAUCCCCGUAAGAGAAUCCCUGCAGGAUUCUGCUUUACCUUUUAGUGGCCUGGAUAUGCUACUUGAAUAUUAAAGUACUAUAAAGUUCCAGGCUCCUUGUAAAGAUCUUUAUCUACAUCUUCAACUAACUUAUGGCAAUUUUUCCAUUUAUCUGAAUGCCAUCUUUCCUGUUGACUGAUCUGAAAAAUCUUCUGGCCUUUCACUGUGAUUCCCAUUUCCUUCAGAGCACUCCUAGGAUGGUUCUAUUAGCCAUGUCCCCCUUUUCUGAAACUCCUCAACCCACUAUGUUGAAAUUUUUGACCUAUCACUGUGCUUUCCUCCCAUACAGUGGUGCAUUAUUUUGAUUCUUUUUCCAGAAUUAUCUGUCUUUUAAUAGACUAUAUGGGGUUGGACAUGUUGUGGAAAUGAAUAUACAAGAGCAAUGUAUGUACACAAAUACACAUUACAGGAUACAAGUACAAAAAACAUGAAGUGAACUGUGGCUUCUUAUGACUGUAGCAUUUAUUGUAGAAGGUUGCUCUUGAACAUUUGAUUUUCUAAGAAUUCCUUAUCAGAACCACAGAGAGAAAAUAGGAUUAAAGAAGUAAAAAUGCUUGCCUUUUGUCAAAUGAGAAAAAACUGCAUUGCUCAGAAGGGGUAAUUUGUGAGGCUAAGUUCCAAAAUGGCAGAAGAGAAAUACACCUCUGUAUUACAAAAUAUCCAGCACAUGUAAGUUAAGGAUAAAAUUCUGAUAAGCCAGAAAUAUGCUCUUGAUUCUACCACCCAAAUCUGUCCUUUUCCUCUUCUUUAGGGUUAUGAGCCCCUUGUCUCUGAAUGUGCUUGCUUUCUGUCCAGUUGGAAGACCUUCAUCCAUCAUUUUUCUCAUUUUUCUUCUGUCCCCUCUCUUCACUGCUGUGCUUCACUGUUCUGGGCGGCAGAUUUGGAAAAUAGAAGGUCAUAAAAGCACCAGUGCACCUUGAACCCUAGUGGUGCUGCUUUUAGCUUCAUUGUCUUUCCAUUGAUAUAGAUUUUAUAGCUAACCCUUGGCCUACAUGCAGCUGGUCCUCAAUCCUGUUCUGGCACUAGGGUUUUAAUAUAUUUGGCACUUUAACCCCUAGAAGCCAUUCCUUCUGCUAAUAAUACUAUAGCAAGAAGCUGCUUUAGAGGCACAAUGUGGAUGCUUUCUUUUAUAGCCCUAUCCCUCUGUAUCCAAAGCAUUAAUGCCUUCAUAUUUAGCAUAGAGUGUAAUAUACUUCAGGUAGUGGGUAGGGCACCUAGGCCAUAGCUCUUAGUACUGUGUGUGCCCCCUACUCCCAAACAAUAUUUUAAAAAAGUGAUGCACAACAUUUAAACUUUUUUUUAAGGUGAAAAGACAUUCAAAUGAUCUUAGGGACAUGGCCAGUAUAUUGUUUCUUCUCUGCCCACUGAUGAUUCAAUGUAUAUUUUUGAUGUACCAUAAAUAUAUAUAUAUAUAUAUAUAUACACACACACACACACACACACACAUAUAUACACACACAUAUAUAUUAUAAAAAUGUUGAAAUAAAAGUAAAAAUAUUUUGAUAAUCAAAUUUACUUGAUCUCCUGUGUUGCUUGAUCAAUAAAUUCACAUUGUUGGGCUAAAAUCAACGUGCGCUAGAUUCAAAUCCAUCUUCAACCGUGGGAGCUCACUGAGGGAAUUUGGGCCAAUCACUUUCAGCCCAAAAGGCCACUGUUGUGGGGAAAAUUGGGGAAGGGUGGUCCAUUAACUCCCCUGAACUACUGGAGGAAAGGACAGAAAUUAAACAUUUUAAUAAGAGGAAACAGCUGUCAGCUGUCUUGACAUGGUAGUGGAUGAUGGGAUAUAUCUGCAAUUCAUCUGCAGGUUGCAUUAGACUGCAAGUUGAAAUGCCUUGGGAACUUUUCAAUUUCUUGAGCAGCUAAUGCAUUAUUAUUACUAACCCAUUAUUACUACUGAGAGUCUAUUAUAUGAUUAUAGCAGUGUACAAAUUUUAUCAAUAAUAAUUAAUUUCAGAGCUGGCAUCUGUCACAAAAGGUCCAAGAGAAGUAUCUUUAUACAAUGUACACAAGGCUCUUGAACCAAUACAAUACUGUAGCGAUGAAGGUCUGGUCUGUACAAACCUUGGAUGAGAUAAAUGAAACUGUUCUUGGGUUGCACCAUUAAAAAUUGUACCUUCAUAAAAUAAAAUCUCUGCAGCUGUUGAAAGCUAGUCAUAAUGAAGAAUUCUCCACUAAGAUCUUUUUCAUCCCAAUUUUAUCUGUUUAGUGACUUUUCUUGGUGGGGGAUGGGAUAGAUCUUUAUUACAACUUACAGACACAUUCAGUUGAGACAUGCUCAUUGAAUGCAAUACAUUUUGUUGCAUUUGCACAACACAUGCAGUCCAAACCAGACUUUGGCAUAUUGCAACAAAAAAAAAAAAAA